AUGGAUACCGACAAGAUGAAGUCGUCACCUCCAAAGGCCUCUACCCCCAUCGACAUCCCGCCCGGCCGAAACCGCGCCCGUACUGUCGACGACUUCCCUCAGCACCACCCUCCCUCCCGCCGCUCAAUCCUCCCCCAAUCUACGAGCCCUGAAAGUAACGCCGCCUCCCCUCCUGGUCUUCGCCAGACCGUCAACCCAAAAGACCCUCUUCGCUCUGUCGACUCCCUCAAACUCCAAGUCAUCCGCAACCAGCGGGGCGAAACUCUCGGCCUCAAAGUCGUUGACAUCAACGCCGUCAAACCUGAACGAGCAAACGUUUUUGCCCAUCUCCCUAUUGGCAAGGAUAACUCUGGUCUCGUGUUUGAUGUCGAGAGUGCCGAGGCGAUGAAGAAGUUGUAUACCAAGGCGUCGUCGACGAUGGCCUCGGGCCGGAUCAUGGGGAUUCUGUUUGCUCCGCCUGGGGUGGAUGCUGAGGGUAUUGCUAGGGAUGCGGAUUGGUCAUUCUUGGACGAUGACGUUGGAGGGGGAGAUGCGAAGGAGCAGGAGAGUAAGGAUGGGGAUCGGCCAGCUGCUCAUCCCCGGUUCCCCCCGCAUUUGAGGAACCUCAACCUUAGGGAUUGA